UGACAAUAUCGAUGGCCUGUCUGGUUGUGUAUGGUUGCAUAUGAUUGUUUUUAACUUAGUAUUUACAAUAUUGUAAAUAUAAGGUUAUAUGUGCCAAUACUUUAUUUAGAGUAAGAUCUACGGUGGAAAAUGUCAAUUGAAAUCGAAUCAGCUGAUGUGAUUCGACUUAUUCAACAGUAUCUAAAGGAAUCUAAUCUUGUAAAGACAUUACAGACUCUCCAGGAAGAAACUGGUGUAUCAUUAAACACUGUAGAUAGCGUUGACGGUUUCGUAGCCGAUAUAAACAAUGGACACUGGGAUACAGUUCUUAAAGCGAUACAGUCUCUUAAGUUACCAGAUAAAAAGUUAAUAGAUUUAUAUGAACAGGUUGUCUUAGAGCUUAUUGAACUUAGGGAGUUAGGAGCUGCUCGGUCUUUACUAAGACAAACAGAUCCGAUGAUAAUGAUGAAGCAACAGGAACCAGAAAGAUACAUUCAUUUAGAAAAUUUACUUGCUCGGUCUUAUUUUGACCCGCGAGAAGCUUACCCUGAUGGGAGUUCGAAGGAGAAGCGCAGAGCUUAUAUUGCUACCGCGUUGGCGGGUGAAGUAUCGGUAGUACCUUCCAGCAGAUUAUUAGCACUGCUGGGACAAGCACUGAAAUGGCAGCAACAUCAGGGUUUAUUACCUCCUGGCACAACUAUUGACUUGUUUAGAGGAAAGGCUGCAGUUCGUGACCAAGAAGAUGAAAAAUAUCCUACUCAAUUGUCGAAACAAAUCAAAUUUGGACAAAAGUCACAUGUUGAAUGUGCUCGCUUUUCACCCGAUGGCCAGUAUCUGGUUACUGGAUCCGUAGAUGGUUUUAUAGAAGUAUGGAACUUCACAACAGGGAAAAUACGAAAAGAUUUAAAGUAUCAGGCACAAGAUAAUUUUAUGAUGAUGGAGCAAGCUGUACUCUCCAUGUCUUUCAGUCGAGACAGUGAAAUGUUGGCAGGUGGAGCGCAGGAUGGAAAAAUUAAAGUCUGGCGUGUACAGAGCGGUCAGUGUCUACGGAGGUUUGAGAAAGCUCAUUCCAAAGGUGUUACAUGCCUUCAAUUUAGCAGAGAUAAUAGUCAAAUUUUGUCAGCAUCAUUUGAUACCACUAUAAGAAUACAUGGUCUAAAGUCAGGAAAAACCUUGAAGGAAUUCAGGGGUCAUACGUCAUUCGUAAAUGAAGUUGUGUUUGCUCCAGAUGGUCACAACAUAAUAAGUGCAUCAUCCGAUGGGACGGUUAAAGUAUGGAGCUUAAAAACCACAGAGUGCAUAGGUACAUACAAAUCGUUGGGAGCGGCGGAUCUCACAGUGAACAGUAUUCAUCCACUCCCACGUAACCCUGAACAUUUUGUCGUCUGCAAUCGCUCGAAUACAGUUGUCAUAAUGAAUAUGCAGGGGCAAAUAGUGCGAUCAUUUUCCAGCGGUAAACGCGAGGGUGGUGACUUUGUGUGUACCGUUGUGAGUCCUCGGGGUGAAUUUAUUUACUGCGUUGGGGAGGAUCUUGUACUCUACUGCUUUUCCACGUCUUCGGGAAAACUGGAACGAACUCUAAACAUUCAUGAAAAAGACGUUAUCGGUUUGGCGCAUCAUCCUCAUCAAAAUUUGAUUUGCUCGUAUAGUGAGGACGGACUUUUAAAAUUAUGGAAACCUUGAAUUAUGAACGACUGGAUAGUUUGGUUCGCUGCAUGGAUCAUUCACCACCCAUCGUUUCCAAGGGAACAUGUUUUAUUGAUGAGCGUCUAGCGCUCUCGGCGCUGUAGGUUCUCAAGGUAUCCAACAACGAUCAGCGAUCGGAUCAUCUACGAAGAUCGAUUUAACUCCGUGCACAAGGAACACGGAGAUCCGAAAUGAUUGCAGAACGGUGUAUCCUUUCAAAGCGUGGUUUUUUCUCUUUCGAGAGUUUUAACGCCGUCGACUCCCUUACUUUAUAAUUGUCCAGUCUUUAAACGGAAAUUGGGCCAUUUUGAACCAUCAUCACGAUGUAAUUGUAUAAAAAUAUAUAAAUGUCUUUAAAGAACAAAUUCACAUUUUUUAUCGAUUCCGGCUAUUACGCGCAACUACUUGAAAAUGUGAGGAAAUACCAGAUAGGACAUGCAAAGUGCAUAUUUAUGAUGUCGUUGCAUUUAAAUUACCCUAUUUUCGUUUAAGGACCAGUAAAAGAACGCAAGGAUUUGAUAUCGAUGAAUCGUGUCAUGGAUACAUGUUAAAUUUAUCAGACACAUGUAAGAUAAUAGAAAUUCUUCACCUUGAGUGCGUU